UUUGCUACGGUGUGGAUUCAAGGCUAAAUCAGAAUCACGCUUUGGAUUUUGGGGACCAAGCGCACAAUUACGCACGUCUGGAAAGGCAAAAAGGAGUGGCUAUUUGUUUCAGACAACACGCGGUAGACUGUAAUUUCAUUAUAUGUAUAAGUAAUCCUCGAGUUCAACGGUUUGGUUUAGUCUGGGCAGCGGGGAUUGAGCAAUAGCCAUGACUGGAUGUACCGCUGGAUACGAUGUGUCGAGCUGCGCAACAGCGGUGUGGCACAUCGCCCGGCUCGGUCCGAGGAUCCUGUCGUGGGUGAAAAACUAUGAUGGUUUGGAGGCGCUAUCAGUGGUGAGUGAAGACCAGUCCUUGUUUGAGCCUCCGUACGCUGCUGCUGCCCCUCUCCCCAAGACAGACAUGACUGCAUCUGGCACACAGGACUACGGCCAGACCCACAAAAUAAACCCCUUACCCCCACAGCAGGAGUGGAUCAACCAGCCAGUGCGGGUCAACGUCAAGCGAGAAUAUGAGCAUAUGAAUGGAUCCAGGGAGUCUCCAGUGGACUGCAGUGUGGGUAAAUGUAAUAAGAUGGUGGGGGGUAAUGACACAUCUCAGAUGAACUAUGGAAACUACAUGGAUGAAAAGAGUGCCCCUCCCCCCAACAUGACCACCAAUGAGCGGAGAGUCAUUGUACCUGCAGAUCCAUCAUUGUGGUCCCAGGACCAUGUGCGCCAGUGGCUUGAGUGGGCCAUCAAGGAGUACGGCCUGUUAGAGAUCGACACGGCUAUGUUUCAGAACACAGACGGCAAAGAGCUCUGCAAGAUGGGCAAGGACGAUUUCCUCCGGCUCACCACCAUGUACAAUGCAGAAGUGCUUCUCUCUCAUCUCAAUUAUCUCAGGGAAAGUAGCUCAUCAUUAUCCUACAAUACACCAUCUCACACAGACCCAUCACCACGCCUGGCUGCCAAAGAGGACCCUUCAUAUGAUGCUGUACGGCGGACAGGAUGGUCAAACAACAUGCACAGUGGCAAAGGCUCACCAGUGGUUACUCAAAAUGUGACCAAAUCCACUGAGCAGCCCAGAGCUCAGCCAGAUCCUUACCAGAUUCUGGGUCCCACCAGUAGUCGCCUAGCCAAUCCAGGUUCUGGUCAGAUCCAACUGUGGCAGUUCCUUCUGGAGCUCCUCUCUGACAGCGCCAAUGCUGGCUGCAUCACCUGGGAGGGCACCAACGGCGAGUUCAAGAUGACGGACCCAGACGAGGUGGCGCGGCGCUGGGGCGAGCGUAAGAGCAAGCCCAACAUGAACUACGACAAGCUGAGCCGCGCGCUGCGCUACUACUAUGACAAAAAUAUCAUGACCAAGGUGCAUGGCAAGCGCUAUGCCUACAAGUUCGACUUCCACGGCAUUGCUCAGGCACUGCAGCCACACCCCAACGAGUCCUCCAUGUAUAAAUACCCCUCGGACCUAGCCUAUGUGCCUUCCUACCACGCCCACCAGCAGAAGGUCAACUUUGUGUCCCCACACCCCCCAUCCAUGCCUGUCACCUCCUCCAAUUUCUUUGGACCCACCGCUCCGUACUGGAGUUCGCCCACUGCAGGCAUCUACCCCAACCCAAACGUUCCCCGCCAUCCUAACACCCAUGUGCCAUCCCACCUGGGUAGUUACUAUUAAACACCCCACUCUGACCAUCCAGCACCCUCUAAAAUCUCCCUUUUACCAAAAUGAAGUCCACGAUUGGUGACCUGCACUCCCAAUGAGGCUGAACCAAUGAAGACUGAGUUGAUGGGGGCAUUUGUCCUCUGAAGAAGUUUUGCUCCUCAAUGAAGGAUGAUAAAAUUGGACGAGAUUUUUUAUUUUUUUUUAUUUGUAAGAAUCUAUAAACAACUGGAUGCUAUGGUCCAAAAUGGAAUACUACUUACCUUUACAAGACUAGCAACUGUUUGUUAAUGUUUUUUGGACGUGCGUCUGAGUUUCCUGUGCCUUUCUCUUUCCCAUCCUCCAGAAAGCUGCACCUACUGGUGUCCUUUCCAAAACCUUCCCAAACCAAAGCCUGAGGACAGGAGAACAACUCAUGUCUGUCAGCCUCCUCACCAUGCUACAGUACCAGACAUGGGCCUAUUAUCUUUGGGUCUUAAUCAACAUCCUCCUCAGUACAUUAUGUACAUUAUGCUUCUGCCUUUUUCCGCUCGUCUACAGCCUUGUUAAGGGGUUUCUUAUUCCCACCACAUCUAGCCUUCUGUUUCUUCUGUUUCUGUCUGCUAGUCUAUCCAUCUGCGUCUUUUUAUGUGUGUGUGGAGAGUCUUCUGGAAUACGCUGGACAAGGAAGAGCUCUCAAAGAGAUGGACUUUUCUCAGCACUGAAUAAAAUUUGGCAACUGGAAUAUGCCAUUCACCAUUUAAUUUAUCCUCCAAACUGGAAGGCUAGAGAAGAGUUGAAUGCAAGGGAAGGAAGCGCUGUAUGUUCUGCUGACCUGGGUCAACUCAGUUACUUAAAAUGCCUUCUGCGUGUUGUGUGUGGAGUUCAAGAUGGCCAAUGUGUACAAUUAACUCGGGUAAGCUGAGUCAAGAUGUAACUGAAGUAAUUUGCAAUAAUAAUUCAACCCAGGUCAGAUGUUUUCAGGGGGCCACACACUAGGCUAUUAAAUGUUUGCCAUGUUGUUGCCUUUCAGCCAUGCCAUUUCCAGAUGUUUUGUUGCUCGACCAUGUCAGUAUUAAUGUGAAUGUCUUCUGGUUUGUGAAACACGCUUAAAAGGGAUACCCUGCAGCAAAAUCAAAAUUUGUCAGAUGUUUUCAUUUUGUUUAAUUAAAAAAUACAUUCAUUCGUUUUUAACACUAUGUUUGCUGCACACGUCUUAAUAUAAAACAUGAAUGUGCUUUAUAUUGUAGAUGUGAUUGUGUAGAUAUUAUCUACAUAAUAAGACUGUUUGUAGUUUGGAUGUGUUUUUCCAUCAUCCCUUACAGUGCCAUGACUACAUCCAGUUUUUGUAUAUAGUAUAUAAUCAGAAACCUAACCCUCACAGUGCCUUAACUGCUGUUUAAUACCAUAUAUUUUCUAUUCAAAUGAAAAAGCAUUACAUCAAUGCAAUGCAUAGUAAGAUAAUCAUCAUCUCCAUGUUUCACCAUAAAUCUGACAAUUUUUGAUUUUGAAGUGCACUCUGACAAUAACGGCUGCCACGCUGUCUCUUCCUCUUUGUAGGCCAGUCACGACCGUAUAGGUCAGCACAGAGAAGUGGCUUAGCAGUAAGCCAUGUUAAUAGACAGUUAAGUUGCAUUUUACCAGGGCUGGAUCCUAGUUUGAGAGCAGCAUGUGUGUUUGAAUGUUAGUUUCUCACUGAUCUAAUGCCCAGCAAAAUGCACAUGAAUAUCAAGUCAGGAGUUCAUUAUGUAAUAGUAACAUGUCAAAACAUAUCCAUCUUCUGGUGUUCAAAGCUGUUAAUAGCAAAAGUAUUCAUUUUGAAAAUAAAUUACUUGGGACUAAGUAGUUUAUCAGAGAAAAAAAACCAAUAAAGUAUGACGAGAUGAAACAAAGAAAUCCUCAGAUUCGCAAACGCUGUGCGUUUGUCAGACCUAUUUUUUAUUAUUUUAUAAGCAUCAAACAACUAGGCAUUAAAGCAACUUACUGUAUAAAUUAUGCAGAGUUAUUUUCAUAUGUGACACCGUAUAAAAAGUCAAGAGAAUUAAUACGAGUUGACCUCGGUCAAAAAUGCAAACCUUUGAAGUCCAUUUCUGCUAAGUAGUUUGUUCAGCAUUUUAAGCGUUUUUAUAUCUGUACAUUUGGGCAAUACAUUUUAACAUUUUUGCUUGUAAUUAUUAUUUUGGAAAUUUGGUUGUAACAUCCUAAGUGCCUUUAUGCACUAAAGAUAUUUUCUUGUAUUCCCAAAACCACAAAUGUCUGCUUGAAUCAUAAUCCAACAGCCAGGGAUUAUUUUAAUCUAUAUGCAACACGUGAUUAUGAUGGAUCUUUUCCAUUGUGAAUCACUUUUUGUGCCAAAUAGCCCUGGAAUUGGUGGCAUUUCCUGUGCUUUAAAGAAUUUCAGGUAUUUUAUGCAAAGUAAUACAAACAGUAUUAAUAUUCACAACCAGCUUCUCCUGAAAAUUUAUAGCUUUAAAAGAAUAAAUAAAAAGGGAACAUUUAAUUUGUAUCAUAAAGAAAUUAUGUACCCUUAACUUCAGUGUUUCAUAAGCAUUAUCAAUGAAAAGGGAUCUGUGCUACUUCGUAUAUGCAAUGUAUUUUGGAUAUCAAAUAUAUAUAUAUAUGUGUAUAAUUUUACAAUUAACCAAUGUAUUAUCAUUGUCAUUCCUGCAAUGUAUGAAGUAAUACCUUUUGAAAAAGGGCUUUUGUAUAGGAAAAUGUGACAAAAUAAAUGUUUUUACCUCUCAAGUCA